GCUUGGCAUGUCGGUGUACGUGCUUGACGUUCAGCGUCAUUCGGGGGACUCGGAUAAUGCGAAUUUCACAACGGAGCGGCGUGGACAAAACGGACACGCGCCUGCUGGUGCGGGGGAGCGAGUAGCUCGUGUCCACAUGGGUGAACCGUGAAUGUCUUGAACAGUCGGUUACAGAGCCACACGGCGCAGAUUCGUGUGUCUGCUUCCCUCGGUUGCGUAGUAGAUAAUAACGAACAACGCAGAACAGGCGGGCAGCCGAAGCGAAGAGCAGAGGAGAAGGAUGUCUAAAAGCGCCGCGUCUAUGUAUGUGUAUAUCCCCUUUUGUUGGGAUCUGAUCAUGUUUUCUCACCAGAACGCAGCUAGUUGAACUUGAAAAGAACGAGUUGGCUUAGUUUGAACCGAUGCUUUUCUACGCGUAAACGAACGAAGCGAGGCGUCAAGUGUCACCCGCGGUGGGAAAGAAGAUACUCUGUGUGUGUGUGUUGCAGUCAUUCAUUUUGCCGUUUCACACUUCCUCUUUUUUUUUUCCUUCAACGGGUGACUCGCCUGCCCUGUGAAGGCCCUGUAUGAGUGUAUGUGUGUGUACACACACUGUAAUCUGCGGGAUAGUAUGGAGCACACGGGCUGUGUGAACAUCUGCAAUCUGACGAGCACUUUACCAGUGAUCCCUUACCAGAAACUGACGGACUUGCACUACCUGAGCAAGGGCGGCUUCGGCACCGUGUUCCGGGCGCGCCACUCGGAUUGGCGGACCACGGUGGCCAUCAAGUGCCUCAAACUGGACUCCCCCGUUGGAGAAAGAGAGAGAAACUGUCUGCUGAAGGAAGCGGAGGUUCUACAUAAGGCCAGAUUCAACCAUAUCAUCCAGAUUUUUGGCGUCUGCAAUGAGCCGGAAUUUUUCUGCAUCGUGACAGAGUUCAUGAGCAAUGGCUCUUUGGACCAGCUGCUUCACGAGAAGGACAAGUAUCCCCAGCUACCAUGGCCCCUGCGAUUGCGAAUUCUGUAUGAGAUUGCCUUAGGGGUGAACUUUCUGCAUAACAUGACCCCCCCACUCCUGCACCAUGACCUGAAGACACAGAACAUCCUCCUGGAUGGGGAGUUCCAUGUUAAGAUAGCAGAUUUUGGUCUCUCCAAGUGGCGUCAACUGUCCAUCAGCAAGUCAUCAGGCUCCAAGCCCCCAGAAAUGGGGGGAACGGUGAUUUAUAUGCCACCAGAAGAAUACGAACCUUCCAAGAGCAAAAGGGCCGACGUCAAACACGACAUGUACAGUUAUGCAAUUAUAAUGUGGGAAGUUCUGGCUCGACGUGUACCUUUUGAAGAAGCGACAAACCCCAUGCAGAUCAUGUUCAGUGUGUUGCGGGGGAACCGGCCAGACACAGGGCUCAGUUCACUCCCCGGGGACAUCCCUGGCAGAGGAACCCUCAUUGACCUCAUGACUUGUGGCUGGACUUCUAACCCAGAUGAGCGACCUUCUUUUCUGAAGUGUCUUAUUGAACUGGAGCCCAUGCUGCGUAGGUUUGAUGAAAUCGAGAUCCUGGAAGCUGUGUUGGAGGUGAAGAGACCCAAGAUGUUGCCGCGGCCAGGCUUUCACUCCUUGGUACCAGUAGUUGAGAAGAAUAGAGAGGAGAAGACACUGAACACCCUCAGAGAGAGCAGUGUUCCCUGGCAGGACACAAGCUCUGCUUCUGGCUCUGGUUCUUGCUCCUGCUCCUCCCAAGAAACAGAUGUCUCCCAGCCUGCAUUUCUCACAAUCAGUGCCCCUCCCACUAAAGAUGCUAGCUCCACGUCCCUGAUGCCAGACCCCCCCAAGCCACUGAUUGCACCCAGUAUUGAGGACAAUUUGGAAAACUACGGUCAGGCAGCCCAGCCGGUGCCUGAAUACAACAUCCCCAUCAAGUCAGGCAUCCCAGACAGCGAAUGCGAGUCAAGCCAGUUCACCCUGCAGCAGCGUUUGCUAGCCCCACCCUACGGCACACCUUUUGUCCCACCACCAACGCAGGGCCUGGCGACACAGUGGGUCCAGGCCCGCCGGGAGGAGAUUGUGAAGCAGAUGACAGAGGCUUGCCUUAACCAGAGCCUGGAUGCACUGCUGGCUCGUGACAUGCUUAUGCGUGAGGACUACGAGCUCAUUUCCAACAAACCUACACGCACUGCUAAGGUUCGCCAGCUACUGGACACCUGUGACCGCCAGAGCGAGGAUUUCUGCCGCAUCGUUGUCCUCAAGCUGCAAGAAAACAGGCAGAGUGGCCUGCAGCCCUACCCUGAUUUCCCCUCUACUUCCCCAGUCCCCAGCGCGCCAUUCAUGUGCUCAUACACCAACCCCCGCAACAUACUAUAAAGCCCAGAAAGUGCAUUCAGCAUGCUAACCUCGGAGGGCGCACAUCUUCAUGGCCUGCAGUUGAAUUGAUGGAUCUAUUGGCUCAUGAAUCCCAGAGAGAAACUGACAUUGUGACUAUGAAAGGGCAGCCUCUUCCUUCCUAGAGCACAGAGCUUCUCACCCUGCCCUGUGUAUCGGACAGAAAUGCAAUAUGAGCUAAAAUGAUGGAACACAGAUGCUGAUAAAAUGCACCUUGUGACAGCUGAAGGAGGAAGCUUCUCCAAGCUUUUCCUGAGACUAACAGCUGCUGGAUUAUUGAAGCAUCAUACCUAGCUGCUUGUUACAAACAGACAUGAGCGGUUCUCACAGUGAACUUGUUACGGCUACCGAAAUCCCUGCAGUCAUCAUUUCUCUCAAAUUCUUAAUGCCUCACAUCAGAAGACUAUAACAUAUUGUUUUAUCUUCCAUGCUGGCCACUUCAAAAUAUUUCAUAUGUUUGCAUUCUCGUAUUAGAGUCAUUAAAUUUCCAGCAGACCAUAAUUCACUUCACCUUCACAAGGCCCAAAAUGUUCAGAGGCUAAGUGCUGAAAUGCGGAUUUAAGUUUCUGAAAAUAAGUUGUUCAUUUAUUGUAGAUGUGAUUUAUCACAUCUGCGCUGUUAAACUUGAAUAACCUACUGGAAGUGAGAGGAGGUCCACCCAAGGAAAACACUAGAUCGCCAGAUCUUGUGACAGUUGUUCCGUGUAUGUCAGACUCCCAUUUGCAUAACUUACUCUGCAUUAGGAGCUCACUUCAAAUAUGCAGUGAUCCCAAAGGAAUGCAAUAGUUUUUUUUCCCCCACAUACAGUGACAUUACAUCACUGAAGGGUAGAUGCAGGGAGGGCACACAAACGCACCCACACGGCAUUUCCAGGGUUGGAAUGCAGUGCAAAGUUAGUGACAGUUUUUGGUUCCAUUUCGAUGGCCUUUUUCCUUUGAAACAUCUGUUUUGAUCCCUGUAAACUGUAAUAGUGGUCUGAAGGACAUACACUUUUGAGCCUUACUAGUUUUUUUUAAGAAAAUGUUGUAUUUGUAUAUUCAUGAAAAAAAAUAUUUCUGGAAGCUUCCACUUUCAAUGCCUGUGUUUCAUGCUUUCCACAGAAAGUACCUAUUAUUCUUUCCUACAGUUUUGAAUUUUGUUAAUUUUGCACUUGUAGGAAAAUGAGAUUUGUUUCUUCAUGCGUUACUGUUACAUUGUGUCCAAAGCCCCCUUUGUCAGGAUCUGCACUCUGGAAGUUAAAGGAACACAUGUGGGAUGUAUUUCCACAGAGCCCAUGCUGUCAGAGGAUUCAUGCUUUUUAGUGGUGUCACCUGGAUGCACAGGGCCCACCCAGGGGGCAUUUGUGCAAAUUGUUUUAGAAAAUGAUAGCAUUGUAUUUUUUCUUUCAUUUGCCACUGUUGCUUUUAUUGUACUGAUUGUUCUGCUUCAUUUAAGCCUAAAGUGUAGCUGGCUGAAACCCUUAUGUCUCCUGUGGAAAGGAGACAUUUCUACACAGACAGGUUUCGCUGAAGUGAUCUUUUUGAUGGCACCACGUGCAGUGAAGCCCUUGUAUGCCAUCUGGCUUGUUUGUUAGAGCAAGGGCACAGCAUUGUUGGCAUUCCUUCAGCAUUAUGACAUGCUCUUUCAGAAGCUUCUCAGCAGUACUCGACCGUUUCACUUGCAUACUGUAUACAGACAUGGACUGUUAAUGGUACUCGGCAAAGGAUAUUUUCACUCAUCAGAGUGCAUUUAUUGCCUUACCUGGUGCUACUUAAAUUUGUCCAGAUUCUGUAUCUCCUUACGGUGUUGGUGCAUAUCACCUCAAGUUGUACAAGUGAUAUAAAGACAUACCAAUAUUAGUUUUAAAGUACUGGCGUAAGCGCAUGCCGUAGGUUUUUUUUUUUUUUUUUUUUUUUUUUUUUUUUUGUAUG